AUGUGGUACCGUUUUAUUGAACUAGGCGGAAAGUGGCGUUUGGGACUGGUCAUAUGCAAACUCGUGCCGUACUUUCAAGGAGUGUCUGUGAACGCUUCAAUAAACACGUUGAUGGCUAUCUCUGUGGAAAGAUGCUUGUCCAUUUGCUACCCUAUGAACCCGGUGGGUAAAGGCGUCUGUAAGCGAGUCGUGGCCAUAAUAUGGAUCAUUUCGCUUACCAUCACUAUGCCAUGGGCAAUAUACUUUGACUUGCAGCCCAUGGAGGAAGGCAGUGAUAAUCAGAUCUGCCUGGAAUCUUGGCCAACCGUGGAGAGCGGAAACCUGUACUUUGUCCUGGCCAACCUGUUGCUGUGUUACGUGCUGCCGCUGACGGUGAUCGCAGUGUGUUACAUGUUCAUCUGGCAGAAGGUGAGCAGACGCAAGGUGCCGGGUGAGCCGAUGCACAACGGCGCCAACAUGGUGCAGCGGUCCAAGAUGAAGGUGAUCACCAUGAUUAUGUACGUGGUGGUGCUGUUCGCUGUGUCGUGGCUACCACUGUACGUGGCUUUCUCGCUGAUCAAGUUCUGGCCGCUACCACCAGCCGUCGAGAGCUAUACUGUCGCCUCACUUCCGGUUGCACAGUGGUUGGGUGCCGCCAAUUCGUCCAUUAACCCGCUGUUGUACGCCAUCUUUAACCAUAGGUUUCGGGAUGGUUACCGGGCCUUGUUGUCCGGCAAGAUUUGCCAAGCGUUUGACUACAGCAACUCGGUGAGGUACCUGCGCGGUGGUCGGGCUGGCACCACAGCCUUGUUCAAGCGCAACAACAACAACAACGACAAAGAUCGUUGCGAUCGUAACCGAAAGACAAUUGGUGCCAUAUACGUACACGCCGCGCGGUCUCAGCUUCAGCAGCAUACGGCUCAGCAGCGGCGACCUGUUCAGCAGCAGCAACGUUUUGCAACUCAGCAKCUGCAGCCACCCACUCAACGACCCGUCAAGAUGUCAUCGGUUAGGGAAACACACGUUGCCGAAGGGUCUGCCGGUUCCGUGGUGCAGUUCUGUCCAACAAAACGCGAAAAUUCAUUCGUGUGAUCUCCGACACUCACACUAUCCACCCAUUCAUAUGCAGUCACCGGGCCAGAUCGUAUGCAGAAAGAUACCAUAGAUUUUUCAUUUAUAUAAAGGACUCGUAGACUGUGAAGUGUAUACUUAAAACCCACAAAAUUAUAUUAUUUUGUAUUUAUAAUAU